AUGCGUCCGUACGCCAUGCGCAGGCGCAUCACCCGCGUACUCGAAGGCGCCAUUGUAUCCAAUAUGUUUUUUGAACCCUCGACGCGAACUCGUGUGUCAUUUGGGUCCGCAUUUAAUCUCCUGGGUGGUCAGGUCAGAGAAACGACUGAAGUGAAAUCUUCUGCGCUGGCGAAAGGAGAGUCGCUAUAUGACACGGCCCGUGUGCUGUCUGGUUACAGCGAUGUCAUUGUGAUGCGGCAUCCUGAGCCAGGUAGCGUGGCAGAAUUUGCUCAGGCCAGUCGUGUGCCGGUGAUCAAUGGCGGUGAUGGUCCAAACGAACACCCCAGUCAGGCCCUGCUCGAUCUAUACACGAUGCGUCAGGAAAUGGCCGGACGUGGGCGGGGUCUGGAUGACCUGCGUAUUGCGCUGAUUGGUGAUCUGAAAUACGGUCGCGCUGUGCAUUCUUUAUGCAAGUUGCUGGGGCUCUAUAAAAACGUCACUUUGCACUUUGUCUCUCCCCCUGAGCUGGAUAUACCGCCUGAUAUAGCUGCGGAAUUGAAGGCUAAGGGUCACCGUAUAGAGAGUUUCCACGAGUUAGAACAGGGUAUUCACGACGUCGACAUUCUUUAUGUGACGCGGACCCAGGAGGAACGUUUUCCGUCUCAACAGGAAGCAGAUAAAUAUCGUGGCCUAUUUCGGCUCAAUCAAUCUGUUUACACACAGCACUGUGAACCUAACACGGUGAUUAUGCACCCUCUGCCCCGGGACUCUCGCUCCGAAGCGCAGGAACUGGCUGAUGAUUUGAAUCAGAAUCCCAAUCUGGCUAUUUUCAGGCAGACCGACAACGGUGUACUGGUGCGGAUGGCACUAUUUGCGCUGGUGCUGGAUGUUGUGGAACAAGUAGAUGAUCACGCCAAACCCGUCACCUGGUUUACUGCGAAGCGCAGAGAGGCGUUAUAA